AUGCCAAGCAGCACUCCCACCGAGUACGAGGCGAUCAUCGUGGGUGGUGGGCCUUCGGGCAUCGCCGCAGCCUGCCAGAUGCAGCGCCACCUCGGCCUCACCAAGCUGCUCAUCUUUGAGCGCGGCGCCGACUUUGGCGGCACGUGGUUCCACAAUGUCUAUCCGGGUGCGGCGUGCGACAUCCCACCGCGGCUCUACUCGUUUUCGUUCCACCAGAAGAAGGUGUGGCGCCACUUUAUGGCCAAGCAGGCCGAAAUGAAGUCCUACCUCCAGGACGUCGCGCGCGCCUAUACGCUCUAUCCCAUGGCAAGGUUCGGAACCCAGGUAGAGGAGGCAGAAUGGCAGGAGGAAUAUUCGCACUGGAAGGUCACCUAUCGCAGCAUCGAGUCGGCCGAGCUGAGGACGGCCACGGCGCGCGUGCUGGUCAAUGGUUCGGGCGCGCUCAGUGUGCCGAGGGAGUGCGAUGUCGACGGGCACCAGGACUUCAAAGGCCCCCUGUUCCAUUCCGCCAAGUGGGAUACGAGCGUGGAUACCCGCGGCAAGAAUGUGGUAGUGUUGGGCAACGGCUGCUCCGCCACGCAGAUCGUGCCGAGUAUCGCCAAGCAGGCCAAGUCGGUGACGCAGAUCGUCAGGGCCAAGCACUGGUAUGCCCCCACGCCCGAGGAUCCCUUUCGCAGUCCAGCCGUACGAUGGCUAGAGCGCAACUUUCCCGGCUUCAUCCAGCUCGAACGAGCGAUCUUUACGGUGGUGUUGGACAUCCACUUUCUGCAGGCGUGGAAUCGCGAAGGCAGUGCGGCUCGACAGCGGUUUGCGGACAACUCGACGCUCUACGUCAGCACCGUCGCGCCGGAGCGAUACCACCAUCUGCUCAUCCCCACGCAGGACGAGCUCAAGGUUGCUUGCAAGAGGCGCGUGUUCGACGACGCCUAUAUUCCGUGUCUUAACAUGGACAAUGUCGAUCUUACCAACGACCAGGCGCACCGCAUUACGCAGGACGAGGUGGUGCUCAAGUCGGGACGAAGGCUGAAGGCGGAUGUGAUCGUGCUUGCGUCCGGCUUCCAGGCGGGGGAUACGGCGGUGCAGAUGAAGGUGACCGGUAGGGGCGGCAAGGAGCUCAACGAUGUCUGGCGUAAGGGUGGCGCCCCGCAGGCGUACAGGUCGACGCUCGUGCACGAUUUCCCCAACUUCUUCCUCAUUUGGGGUCCCAACAGUGUCACGGGGCACUUUUCGGCGCUGUAUGCCAUCGAGGCAUCGGUGAGGCUGAUGACCACGCUGUUGCGACCGGUGUUUGCCGGACCGAAGUCGGUGUCGCCGCUGGAGAGGUCGAUUGGUCGAACGGUGGAUGUCAAGCACGAGGCGCAGGAGAAGGAGGAUGCCAUGAUCCGCGCGCAGAUGCACGACCUCAUCUACACCUCCGGCUGCAAGGGCUGGUAUACAAACGACCAAGGCAGGGUCUCCACACUCUAUCCCGGCUUCCAGCUCACCUUUGCCUGGAGAAGCGACCACCCCGUUGCAGCCGACUUCAUUUACACCGGUGUCAAGGGCAGGCCACAGGCUCACUGGAGCUGGUUGCAGCAACUUUCGUCGUGGCUCAGGCUCGGAGACGUGCCCGAGUAUAGACAGGAUCGGCUGCAGAAGCGCGCAUGGUGGAAGAAGGCGUUGGUCGAUCCGGUUGGGCGCUUGAUCGGCAGGUUGGGCGUCAGCUGGCUGCUGGGUCUGGUGUGGUUCCUCGAUAGGGCCAUGAUGUACACCAGGGGCAGCAGACAGUUUGAAGAGGUCAAGACGAGGUACCUCGAGCAAAAGUAG